GAGCGGCUUCUUGGCCGCAGAGAAGCUCCUGCCGUCGCCGGCUCUGUGAAGUCUCAGAAGGGAAAGCAAUCACGCGAUGAGCGGAUCGCGCUCAGCUCCUCUUCUUUCAAAUUCAUCGAACGUCAACAAUUCGCGGGAAACUACCAAACUCUCCGGGCCGCUCUGAAUACCAUCCGAAUUGUGUUCCCAAAUCCGAUAUUAAUGAACAACUUGAAAUUAGCGGACGUUAAUGUAGAACGAAAACAGUAUAACAUCGAUCAAUUGAAUCUUUUCACCGAUUCUUGUGUUGAAAGUGGCGCGUGUGUGUUCUUAAAAUUAUAAAAUUCUUUGCAUAUUUCUGGUACAUCAAUACUGUGACUGUAAUAAUUUAUCCAAUUUUAACAAAAACCAAGAGAAAAUUAAACCACUAAAUAAAUUAGCAUCCGAUCGCUAGUUACUUUUUUUUUUGUUUUCUUUCAAGAUAAACAAAUUUGUGAAGAAGGUGAAAGUUAUCGCGCAUCAGGAUAUCUCGAAACCGCAAAGUUGGGGAAUAAAAUUACAAUGCCUGCCGCCUCGUCGAUAUACUUUAACUCUGAGGACUCUCAGAGGUCUUCGGCGGACGGAUCUGAGCCAAGUUCUUCGACUUCUGGCGGCAGGCGGCGAUACAUCGAUCCCUGGGAUCUAGAGAACUACGCGUAUCUCAGACGUCGGCAAAUCGAGGUAGUUUUACCCCGGUCAGGCGAUGCGGAGGGAAUACAGAAGGUUAAUUUGACAAGGCAGGUCAACGAGUCUGGCAGUGACACAUAUUACUGGUACCCCAUGACGACAGUGACGGGGGAAACUUCAGGCUACGAUUCUUCCAGCCCCGUGGACGAGCUCUAUAAUCUCGGAUUAUCCCAUCAGGUCAAUCAGCCGCUUUCGUACCCCAUGCAACAAGCCACUUACGAAGAAGAUGCCCGGUACGUCACGUCGAAUCCGGUCUACGUCCCGCUUUCCGAUAUCGAAUAUUCUGAAACCGCAGUUGAACCACACAACGUGCCAAAUGUUCUCCCAAGACGCCGGAAUAGACUGAUCAAAGAUAUGGCGCACUAUAUGGAAGAGUGUCCAUGUCCGUUUCAUGGACCCCUGCAGCCGGAAAUCACAAUGGCAAAAGACGCUACAAGCGUGAAACAGGCGAAACAGCUGGGAUUGAACACCUACGGACACCUCAGGAUCGACUACGCCAGAAGCUGGAACUCGCUGCAUCGCAAAAUGAAGAAAUGACCAUUUAGUAUGUCUGUAUUUAAAGAGAAUGUAAGUUAUACUCUCGUGACUUACGACGAGACAGCUGGAGAAUAGGAAUGCGUUGUUUUGCUAUGGGUAUUUUAUUAAUUGAGUUAGACGUGUAUGAAGCCACAAUCACUGCAGACGAUUUUCAGUGCACAUUUAACUCAAGAAGAUAUAACUUUUACGCGGUAGUGAAUUUCUAGAUUUGAAUUAAAUGAUUUUCCAUUAAUUCUAUUAAUUUAUACAUAAGGAUGUAUUGCUAUGUUAUCACACAUUUGAAUGACUCCACCCUGUUGACUGUUAUU